AUGGUUUUAGGGAAGGUGCGUAACAACAGGAGAUCUUCUGGCACUUCUUAUGCAUCAACAGUAACAACAGUGAUAUUCAUAGCAUUAUGUGUUCUGGGUGUGUGGAUGCUAACUUCCAACUCAGUAGUUCCCCCAGAAACCACAACCCGCACCGACACUACCACCACCAAUGCAGCCACCGACUCUUCUUCCACUACAGAUCCUGAUAACACCAAGCCCGCCAAUAAAAUAGACACUAUUGUUUAUGAAGACAAUCCAGGUCAGCUCCCUGUCGACGCUAUCAAAUCCGAUGAGCCCGCCAACCAGGAGAAGAAGUCUCAAAAAGAUCAAAAGGACUCCAGAAACAUAGAAAUUACAACUGGUACAGUUGUUCCAGAGAACCCACAUGGUUUACAAGGGAAUGAAUCUGCAAAAGAGCUAGAGAAGCAAAAAGCACAAGAGACUCAGGUUUCUGAGGAAAGUUCUAUGACUGUUCAGACCCAGCAAAUUGUAGGAACAAUGACAAAGAACCAAAACACAUCAAGCAAUAAAAACUCCACUGAAGGAAAAGAAGCUCCAAAGAAUCGCACAAAAGUUGACAAACCUGGAAAUUCACAAGACACCCAGCAUCAGAUAUCAGACAAAGAUCAACACCACCAACCGAAGGAACAACAAAAAGAACAAUCACAAAAAGAUGUUAAAGAGGCAAUAAGUGAUGAUCAAGUACAACAUGAUGAGGAACCUGUGGAAGCAACAAAACCCCAAGUUGAGAAGCAGAAAACUCAACCAAAAGACAAAGAGAAGGAAAACAAGUCCUCCUUAACCAAACAAGUAGAAGAUAAGCCAUUGAAAUUGAACACAAAUGAGUCAGUUCAACAGGUAGAAGAUAAGCCAUUAAAAUUGAACAGAAAUGAGUCAGUUCAACAAGCAGAAGAUAAGCAAUUGAAAUUGAACACAAAUGAGUCAGUUCUGGAAGGGGCGAGCUCAGGGAUACCAAAAGAGUCCAAAGAGUCAAAGAAGUCCUGGUCAACUCAGGCGGACCAAUCGCAUAAUCAGAAGGAAAGGGGGAAGAGUGAGGAUCAAGAUGGGAGCAUAUAUGGCUAUACUUGGCAGCUAUGUAAUGUAAGCGCAGGUCCAGACUAUAUACCUUGUUUGGACAACGAGAAAGCAUUGAGGCACUUGCAUACUACAAGGCACUAUGAGCACCGUGAGCGGCAUUGUCCUGAGGAGGGCCCAAUUUGCUUAGUCCCAGUUCCAACGGGAUACAAGAGACCAAUCGAGUGGCCUGAAAGCAGAGAUAAGAUAUGGUACCGUAAUGUACCUCACACAAAGCUGGUGGAGGUGAAGGGGCACCAGAAUUGGGUGAAGGUGAUGGGGGAGUUCCUGACCUUCCCCGGCGGUGGGACACAAUUUAUACAUGGUGCGCUGCACUACAUUGAUUUUAUUCAAAAGUCAGUACCUGAUAUUGCAUGGGGGAAGCAUACUCGGGUCGUAUUGGAUGUUGGAUGUGGGGUUGCCAGCUUUGGGGGUUAUCUUUUCAACAGAGAUGUUCUUACAAUGUCUUUUGCACCAAAAGAUGAGCACGAGGCUCAAGUUCAGUUUGCUCUGGAAAGGGGUAUACCUGCAAUAUCUGCCGUGAUGGGCUCCCAGAGGCUGCCAUUUCCAAGCAGGGUGUUUGAUCUUGUGCACUGUGCACGUUGUAGAGUUCCCUGGCAUAUAGAAGGUGGUUCUCUUCUUUUGGAACUGAACCGUGUUCUGCGACCUGGAGGUUACUUCGUCUGGUCAGCCACUCCUGUGUACAAUAGGGUUGGAGAGGAUCUGGAGAUCUGGAUAGGUAGGAUCCCAGAAUGUUGUUCCAUUAAACACACCAUAUUUAACAAAAAUUGGCAUGUCUUCCGCUUUCCAGAUAUGUCAAGGCUAACCAGAGCCAUCUGUUGGGAGCUUGUGACCAUCAGCAAGGACAAACUAAAUAAAGUCGGUGCUGCCAUCUACCGAAAACCAGUCUCAAAUGAAUGUUAUGACCAAAGAAGAUACCAACGUCCUCCAAUGUGCAGAAAUAGGGAUGAUCCAAAUGCUGCCUGGUAUGUUCCUCUGCAAUCCUGCAUGCACCGUAUCCCAGUGAAUAAAAUUGAGAGAGGGUCUCAGUGGCCAGAGGAUUGGCCUCGGAGGCUACAGACACCUCCAUACUGGUUAAACAGAUCCCAGAUGGGAAUUUACGGGAAAUCAGCUCCUGAAGAUUUCGCAGCAGACUAUGAACAUUGGAAACGGGUAGUGAGCAAAUCGUAUCUCAGCGGAUUGGGUAUCAGUUGGGCUAACGUGAGAAAUGUUAUGGACAUGAGAGCUGUAUAUGGAGGGUUUGCUGCAGCUAUGAGGGACCUUAAUGUGUGGGUCUUGAAUGUGGUGAACAUAGAUUCACCAGAUACACUGCCCAUAAUCUAUGAGCGUGGUCUUUUUGGGAUUUAUCACGACUGGUGCGAAUCCUUCAGCACAUAUCCCCGAUCCUAUGAUCUCCUGCAUGCCGAUCAACUUUUCUCAAAGCUGAAAAAUAGGUGUAAAAUUGUUCCUGUAAUGGCAGAGAUUGAUAGAAUAGUCAGGCCUGGUGGUAAAUUAAUUGUCCGAGAUGAGUCUAGCACAAUUGGGGAAGUCGAGAACUUGUUGAAGUCUAUGCAUUGGGAGGUUCAUUUGACCUUCUCCAAGAACCAACAAGGGAUACUCAGCGCUCAAAAGUCGGAUUGGCGGCCAGACUCAUACGCAGUUUCUUCCUGAUUACAAAGUUAUCAUUCUUUAGGCAGACACAUUUCAACAGCGCUUGCUAUAGCAUUAUGGUUUUCUUUUGUAAUGUAAUACUUUUUGCUGAAUCCAGCAAGGAAAAUGUAUUGUUG